AUGGCAAACAAUCUCAUCUCCACUUCCACAGCUGCCACCACCUUCAUAGUCGUCCUUCUCUCACUCCUCCUCGCCGGAAAAUCCCAGACUUUCUCAACCAGCUUGCGACGAACAGCGAUGCCACGUGGAAAGCAAAACCUAACGCACCUCCAUUUUUUCUACCACAACGUGGUUGGCGGCCCAAAUGCAACCGCCAUUCGGGUGGCUGAAGCCCCAAUUACCAACACUUCCGCCACCGGAUUUGGGGCGGUGAUCAUGGUGGACAACCUCUUGACAGUGGGCCGGAACCUAACUCUACUCGGGUGGGAAGAGCUCAAGGGAUGUAUGCAUCUGCGGAUUUGA